AUGGAAGCUCAUACUGCCCAGAACAAGCGCCGAAGGAAGCAAUCAAGCCCAGUACAGACGGUAGAACGACUCAGACGGAGAUUGGAACUAGCUCAUUAUCGAGUGCAUAAUGGAUUCGACAAGAUGACAUUCCCACAAGUCCAAGUCAUGUUUCAGCGAUCAGAAGACAUUCGAAAGUCAUUCCGAAAACACUAUUUGAAUCCAGACACCUUGAGUGCCGAAGUCAGAAGAAGGAGCAGGCAGAGAACCGUAUCGGAUAUGAGAGGUGAACUGGAUAGGCUGGAAUCAAGUAAACUAGCUCACAACGCAUUGCACCCUGAUGAUGACUGGGACUCGGUACUCACUCAUAACGGUAGUAAUCAUCUCAAGAGUCCAGGCUCAACAAACCUUGAUAGACAUAGUAGUCAUGUACAUGCUAGUAGCAGUAGUAUCAGUAGUAUAUCGUUGCCAACCAGUACGACAACCAGUCAGCAGGCAACUCCAACCUUAUCUGGUGUCCCGUUAUCCGACGAUACAGUAGAAGAUACCAAGCCCGACAAUGGUAAUCCUAAUAAUGUUGCUGUCUCGUCUAAUACCGCAUCUGCUAUUAAUAAUACCACAACAGCACUAAGAACCGAUGACAUCGCACCAGCAGCUGAAACCAUGAAUCAUCCAACCAAUCCAAACCCCAUAAUACCCAUCAAACCAACAAAUAUAGCAACUUCAUUCGCUAGCUCACAGGUAUGGAAGUUGCCAGGACCCAAACUUGAAUCUCCACAAAAACUCUUGCCGGGUGUCUUGCUUGGCCAACCACCAGCUCCUCCGCCGCCUCUACUACACCCUUUUGGAUUUAAUGGUCCAUUCAAUCCACGAGCAUAUCCACCACCACAGUCUAAUGGACAUCCUUAUAUGCAUAACUCGAAUCACCAUGACGACGUGUCUGAACUCAUGAAUACGUAUAUCCGAGGGGAACAACUUGAGCCUUCGGCCAUGGAUUAUGCGAUAAAUAACAAUAGUAACAGUAAUAAUGCCAUGCAAAUGAAUGGGGGCCCCAAACCAAACAAUUUAAGACCAGGAGCAGCUAAUAAUACUCUUCCAAUCAAUCCAUUCGGUGGUCUUCCAGCAGUAACCAAUCAAGCGGAUCUAGCUGCUGCCUUUUCAUACUUUUUAUCUUCGGGGUACUUGCCAUCACAGUUUGUUAAUACUAGUAGUAAUAGUAACAGUAAUGCUGCUGCUGCACCGGUAGUAGUUGUGAAUGACGGUGGUAGUAGUAAUAAUGUGGUGGUUGAGUCGAAAAGCAAUGCCUCGCAGGCUGAGACAACUGCUUGA